GUGAUUUUGUUUGAUUUUAAAAGAGAAAGAGAUAUUAUCUAUCUCUUAUUCUCGUGCCUUCGAGUGAACUGUGAAUCGUUUGUGUCGCUCCCUCUUUUUCUCUCUCUUUCUCUCUCUCUCUCUUUCUCUCUCUCUCUCUCUGUCUUUUCUUCUUUCUCUCUCUCCUCUCUUUUCUCUCUUUCUCUCCUUUCUUUCUCAUAAUCAAGAUCUAUCCGUCUUUCUCUCUCCUGUUCCUGACUAACCUAAAUACUCGUGAACCCGUAACGUGAUUUUGUCGUGACACGUCGUCAACGAAUACCUGAACUAGUUUAUGGCGAUCAUUUUUUCUUCUCCGUUUCCUAAAAUCCAUUCGAAAAGUGGAAGAAAAUCAAAGAGAAAAUUGAACCGUUUAAACUGCUUUGUAAUCGAAGACUUCCUUGUCUCGAGGUCGUUCUAACCUGGACCGAAAGCGUCUCGGCGCUGUUGUGAGAAUUUGUUUACGUGAAUGAACGGUACAAACAUCGAGAGGAUACUAUAAGCAGUGUUGAGAAAAAGAAGCAAUCAUGGAGGACGGCCAUGCGAAGACCGUUGACGAGGUAUUAAAUUAUUUCAAUGUGGAUUCGGAGAAAGGAUUGUCCCUCGACCAAGUGAAAAGGAAUCAGGAGAAAUAUGGUCUCAAUGAAUUGCCAGCCGAGGAGGGUAAAUCCAUCUGGCAACUCGUAUUGGAACAAUUCGACGACCUCCUAGUUAAGAUUCUAUUAUUAGCCGCUAUUAUCUCUUUUGUACUAGCUUUAUUUGAGGAGCACGAGGAUGCGUUCACGGCCUUCGUCGAGCCCUUCGUCAUUUUGCUCAUUCUAAUCGCCAAUGCCGUGGUCGGUGUGUGGCAAGAGCGUAACGCCGAAUCGGCGAUCGAGGCGUUGAAGGAGUAUGAACCCGAAAUGGGUAAGGUCGUGCGGGGUGACAAGGCUGGCGUACAAAGGAUUCGAGCGAAAGAGAUCGUUCCCGGAGACAUCGUUGAGGUGUCUGUCGGUGAUAAGAUCCCAGCUGAUAUUCGUCUUAGCAAAAUCUUCUCGACCACUCUCAGGAUCGAUCAGUCUAUCCUGACUGGUGAAUCAGUAUCUGUUAUCAAGCAUACGGAUCCUGUUCCCGAUCCACGCGCCGUCAAUCAGGACAAGAAAAACAUUUUGUUCUCUGGUACCAAUGUAGCUGCUGGUAAAGCACGUGGCGUUGUCAUUGGAACCGGUUUAAAUACUGCUAUUGGUAAAAUCCGUACUGAGAUGUCUGAGACUGAGGAAAUAAAGACACCCCUUCAACAGAAACUCGACGAGUUCGGUGAACAAUUGUCAAAGGUCAUUUCCGUAAUCUGCGUUGCUGUGUGGGCUAUCAACAUCGGUCACUUUAACGAUCCUGCUCACGGUGGAUCCUGGAUCAAGGGUGCCAUCUACUACUUCAAGAUCGCCGUCGCUUUGGCUGUCGCUGCCAUUCCUGAAGGUUUACCGGCCGUUAUCACGACUUGUUUAGCUUUGGGUACCAGGCGUAUGGCUAAGAAGAAUGCCAUUGUACGAUCGUUGCCUUCUGUCGAAACUCUUGGUUGUACUUCCGUUAUUUGCUCCGACAAGACUGGAACGUUGACUACCAAUCAGAUGUCCGUUAGCCGAAUGUUCAUUUUUGAUAAGAUCGAGGGCAACGAUAGCUCGUUCCACGAGUUCGAGAUUACUGGAUCGACUUACGAACCCAUCGGUGAUAUGUUCCUCAGAGGGCAAAAGAUAAAAGGACAGGAUUACGAGACUCUUCACGAGAUUGGUACGAUCUGUAUCAUGUGUAACGACUCGGCCAUUGACUUUAACGAAUUCAAGCAAGCUUUCGAGAAGGUUGGCGAGGCUACGGAAACCGCUCUGAUCGUUUUGGCCGAAAAAGUCAAUCCUUACGGUGUGUCGAAGAGUGGACUCGAUCGUCGUAACGCGGCCAUAGUCGUCAGGCAAGAUAUCGAAACGAAAUGGAAGAAGGAGUUCACCUUGGAAUUUUCUCGAGAUCGUAAAUCCAUGUCCUCGUAUUGCGUACCAUUGAAACCUAGCAAACUUGGAACCGGACCGAAACUCUUUGUUAAGGGUGCACCCGAAGGCGUAUUGGAUAGAUGCACGCAUGCACGCGUUGGUACACAAAAGGUUCCUCUUACUUCGACUUUGAAAAAUCGUAUCUUGGAUCUGACGAGACAAUAUGGAACCGGACGAGAUACCUUGCGUUGUCUCGCACUGGCUACGGCCGAUCAUCCGAUGAAACCCGACGAAAUGGAUUUGGGCGACUCUACAAAGUUUUACACUUACGAGAAGGAUCUUACGUUCAUCGGCGUCGUUGGUAUGUUGGAUCCACCACGUAAGGAAGUAUUUGACUCCAUUGUCAGGUGUCGCGCUGCUGGUAUCCGUGUUAUCGUUAUCACUGGUGACAACAAAGCUACCGCGGAAGCCAUUUGCCGACGCAUUGGCGUUUUCACCGAAGAGGAGGACACCACAGGAAAAUCUUAUUCUGGACGUGAAUUCGACGAUUUAUCGCCAGCCGAACAGAAAUCGGCAUGCUCGAGAGCCAGACUGUUCUCGCGCGUAGAACCAGCUCACAAAUCGAAGAUCGUUGAGUACUUGCAAAGCAUGAACGAGAUCUCGGCUAUGACCGGCGAUGGUGUAAACGACGCUCCUGCCUUAAAGAAAGCUGAAAUCGGUAUUGCUAUGGGUUCUGGAACGGCUGUAGCAAAGUCAGCUUCCGAGAUGGUAUUGGCCGACGACAAUUUCUCAUCUAUCGUUGCCGCCGUUGAAGAAGGUCGUGCCAUUUACAACAACAUGAAGCAGUUCAUUCGUUAUCUCAUCUCUUCUAAUAUCGGUGAAGUCGUAAGUAUAUUCUUGACGGCCGCUCUUGGUCUUCCCGAAGCUUUGAUCCCGGUUCAACUUCUCUGGGUCAACUUGGUCACUGAUGGUCUUCCAGCCACCGCUCUUGGUUUUAAUCCACCCGAUUUGGAUAUCAUGGACAAGCCUCCCCGCAAAGCCGACGAAUCUCUUAUUUCUGGUUGGCUAUUUUUCCGAUACUUGGCCAUUGGUGGAUACGUAGGUGCUGCUACUGUAGGAUCGGCCGCGUGGUGGUUCUUGUAUAGUCCGCAUGGACCACAAAUGAAUUAUUAUCAAUUGACUCAUCACUUGGCUUGCAUCGGUGGUGGGGACGAGUUCAAAGGCAUUAACUGCAAGAUCUUUUCCGAUCCUCAUCCAAUGACCAUGGCUCUAUCGGUACUAGUAACCAUUGAAAUGUUGAACGCUAUGAAUAGCUUAUCGGAGAAUCAAUCACUCAUCACGAUGCCGCCUUGGUCCAACAUGUGGCUCAUCGCCUCCAUGGCUCUUUCCUUCACACUCCACUUUGUCAUUCUUUACGUCGACGUCCUUUCGUCCGUAUUCCAAGUGACUCCCUUAACGGGUGAAGAAUGGGUUACCGUUAUGAAGUUUUCCAUUCCAGUGGUACUUCUAGACGAAACCCUGAAGUUCGUUGCCAGAAAGAUCACAGAUGCAUCAAGAGUAUCCGCUUCAGUGAAGAGGUCGAAACUGGAGCUGCCUGAUAAAUUGCUGAGAUUUCAAGACAGUAACUUUGCAUGGAGUUCGGAUUGACGGAAACCUUAUUAAUAUUCCCGCACAUUGCCACGUGUCUUCCUUCCUGUUGGGAUAGUGCAUGCGUACAAACUCCUACAGCAUAUCCUAUGGUAUCUCCGAAUUCCCUGGUAAUUACAAUAAAAACGAUUUUAAAGAUCCUGCUGUGUCGUCUAUCAGUCAGGAUGAAUUUUUCAAAUUUGAUUUGAUUUCAUCAGCAUCCGUCUUGUAAGAUCUGAAAAGUAAUAAUUAAAGGCAUUAGCCUUUUGUUCGUUGCUAGUUUAUUUCCCUUUUAUAAUGAUGCGUCCUUAUAAAUUAAUAAUUACCUUGCCAAUUCGAAUAGAUUUGUAGAUAUGAAAGAUCGUAAACAAUAGAGAUGCUUAUUUGUUUGCAUCGACGCAUCCCUUUAUAGUAAUUAGUAUAUCGAUAGAAUAAUAUUCUCGAGUAUACGAAGUAAACGUUGGUUGCACGGUACUUUUUGUAUAUAUAUAUAUAAAAAAAAAAGAGAAAGAAAGAAAAAAAAAAGAAAAAGAAAAAGAGAUACGCGACAGGCACAGCAGGACAAAGUCGUAACAGCUUGCACUUAAUUAUUAAUUAAUAAUAACAACUCGGUCCUCUGCGAACGUGUACGUACUUUUAUGUGCAUAAUUUCUAUAUAAUUUAAGAACAACAAAAAUAGAAAAAAAGAAAAAGAAAGAAAGAUACACGUUACGCAGCAAUUGUGUAUACCAUCAACGGGUGCGAUGUGGACCGUCAAGUUGUGUUGUCUGCGUCGUCGUCGUCGUUAUCGUCGUCGUCGUCGUCGUCGUCGUCGUCGUCGUCGUCGUCGUCGUCGUCGUCGUCGUCGUCGUCGUCGUCGUCGUCGUCGUCGUCGUCGUCGUCGUCGUUGUCGUCGUCGUCGUCGUCGUCGUCGUCGUCGUCGUCGUCGUCGUCGUCGUCGUCGUCGUCGUCGUCGUCGUCGUCGUCGUCGUCGUCGUCGUCGUCGUCGUCGUCGUCGUCGUCGUCGUCGUCGUCGUCGUCGUCGUCGUCGUCGUCGUCGUCGUCGUUGUCGUCGUCGUAGUCGUCGUCGUACGUGCGUAUGGCUUUGUGUGUAUACAUAUUAACGAUAAAAUAAAAAUUGUUAAAUCGUUCGAGAUCAGCUUGAUUGGUCCAUGUCUCAUCACCGUUUCAAGUCCGGACCGGCGAGCUGAAUCCAAAACGACUCGAUCAUUAGUUCGAACCGUUCCUAAUAAUAACGUUCACUAUGUACAAAAAAAAAAAAAAAUAGAGAGAAAAAUAUAGUAUUUGAUUAGAACCAUUCAAACCGGUCGAGUCGUUUAAGGAGUUUCAAGCUACGGGCCAGAUUUAGUAUACCACAUAUAGGAACACAUAGCAUACAUACAUACAUACACAUACAUACGCGUUCACAGAGUAUAUAUAUAUAAAGGGGCGAUUAAUUGCGAACGAUCGGUGUUAUUUUCAAGUUCAUGUGGGCCUUCAAUGCGCCUCUGACUGUUCUUUAGUCGUUUUAACCCUGGGUUUUAUAUAUAUAUAUAUAUAUAUAUAUAUAUAUAUAUAUAUAUAACAUACAUCACACAGCUAGUAGAGUUAAGAAUCUGCUAGAAAGUGCACGAACAUGCAGCGAUCCACUCUUCCACAUACACUUCCAAAACGCAACAAGACUGACGGUGUGGUUUUCAAAGAAGAGUGGUUCGUUGGUGGUCGCACGAUAGAAGAAAGAAGGAAAAGAAACGAGAAUGAAACACAAAAAAGAAUAUACACACACACACACACAUAUAAAAGACAAGGAGAAGAAAAAAGAGGGAAGAUACGCGAAUAAUGAGAUCGUUCGACGCGAUAUAUUAAAGCAAACAUUGAAAUUAUGUUAGCGAUGUUUCCCGGUUUUAAUCGAUUUAACCGCCCCUCAAUCGCGGUAAAUAACUUAUAUAGUGUAAUAUAUUAAUUAUGUUAAUGGUUAAGGCGUGAUACUUUGGUAUGGGCAUAAUUAGACUUAAUUAAAUGCUGGCGGAGAGAGUCGCGAGUGUGUUCAGAGCGAGUGUACGCACAUGAAAAUGGAAAAGAUAAUGAAGGAUGAAAGAGAAAUAGAAAAAGAAAUGGAACAAAUACGUACAUACAUACAUAUAAUACAUACACAUACACACACCUACGUGUAGUAAAAUAAUACUGUAAUAACGUAAAUGCCAUCGACUGUAGGAAAGUUAAUUAACGCGACUGAUCAAUCGCCGGCGUCGCGUUUUUUUUUUUUUUUCUUAAAUGAACUCAAAUAUCUUUCUAAGAUUCUUCUAAGAUCCUUCUAAGAUCUUUUAAAACUGCCACGAUCAUUUUUCGUUUCGUUUCGUUUUUCUUCUUUCUCUCUCUCUCUCUCUCUCUUUUUCUUUUUCUCUCUCUCUUUCUCUCUUUUUUUUCUUUUUCUCUUGUUUUCUCUCUUUCUCUUUCUGUCUCUCUCCCCUGCUAUGCGUAGGCUUGAUUUUCGAACGCCAAUCGAAAAUCAUAUUAUCGAUACGCCGUCUAAUUUCAUUCGUAUAAAAGAAUCACUGUAAUCUUAUUUUUGUCGAUUCGGGAUACGUUGUUUUGUUUUUUCUUUUUGCGAGUUGCUCGAAUGUGAUUUGUGUUUUCGCGUGAAUUGAAAGUAAAAAAGAGGACAAGUAGAAAAGAAAGAAAGAAAAGUAGAAAAAAAUAAUACGGCAUUUCUGUGCGGAAUACAAAAUAAGCACGACCGAGAUAUAGUCCCUGUUAAUCGUCUAAUAAUAUUUUAAAUAAUAUCUCUCGUAAAAUUUUUUAUUUAUUUUCAAUUAAUUAGAUUGCCUGUUGCGAUUUUUAAUGUUUCCUUUUUUUUUUUCUUAAUUUUUUUUUUUACGAUAUAUUUAUUUCGAAGUAAAAAUUCAUUGUAUCGAAUUGGAAAAAUAUUGCAUAGAACAUGGCUUCAUUUUUGAUAUAAUAAAUUUUAAGUCGAUCCAUUCAACCGUGUAGACGAUAAAGUCGAUAUACACAAACACGCGCGAGUAUACUUGUGUAUCUACAUAUAUAAAUUUAUAUAAAUUUUAGAUUUUGAUAUAAAAUGUAAAGAUCCAAUGGAACGACUAAAUGAUAUCUUUAUUAGUUUGAAAAAUAAUAGUCUAAAUCGUUUCUUUUUUUUUUAAUUUAAUUUAAUUCUAUUUUUUUUUUUUUAAUUAUCGAGAGCAUGUAAAGGGGACUUACUACGGUCGUGCUUAAAAAUCGGAAGAUGAGUAAAAUAAAUAAAGUAGUGCCAUCGAUCAGGGAAGAAAAGGGUUACACUAUGGUAUUUGGCAACAAAAAAAAAAAAAAAACUAAAAAAAAAUUGAAAAGAAAAGAAAAUAAAAAAUUCGUUUUAGACCGUUCGUGAGUCCUCGAUCUUUUCGAUCGAAUUUUUUUUUCGAUUAAAUCGAGUUUGCCCAAUACCAUGGAGAGCCACGAACGAAUCGGUAGAGAAUCGAAUUGCGACGAUUCUGCUCCGAUCUACAUUCUUCUCUGAUACGAGAAAUAGAAGGUAGUUAUUUUUAACAAUAAUUUAUAACAAAUUAAAAUAAAAAAAGGAAAGAAAGAAAAAAAUAAAAUAACGAUCAUCAUUCGUGCAACAUAAGAUUCCGAAUGAACCGAGUAUCAUCGAGCAUCGCGUAUUUCAAUGGCGGUAAUGCAAUACGACAAAUUGUAAUCACACUUUUAUUUCGUGCCCGAUUAUUAACGAAAGAAAGAAAGAAUAAAUAAGUAAAUAAGUAAAUAAAUAAAUAAAUAAAUAAAAUCGGCAAAAUACGGCGCGAAUUUCGUCUAGGAAAUAUUGUUUAUUUAUCAUAUUAUUUAUCUUUAUCGUGCAUCGACAACAAUUACAGAAACAACCACAACAACAACAACAAUAAUAAUAACGAUGAUAAUAAUAAUAAUAAUAAUAAUAAUAAUAAUAAUAACAACAAUAAUAAUAUAUAAUAAUAAUAAUAAUAAUAAUAACGAAAGAAAAGAAAGUUGAUAAAAAGAAAAGAGUAACAGCUCGUUCACAUUCCAUCGAAUCGAUCUUUUUUCUAAAUCGAUUUAGUUUAUCGUCUUCUGCGUUAAUCAACAUAUAAGUAUAUUAUAUUUUAUAUUUAAAACGUUCAUACAACAUUUAUACGAUACUGUCGUCGAUCAUAUAAAACUGAACCGGUAUGUGAACAAUACAGUCGGUUGACAUCGAUUCGGCGAAAUUAUUAAUACGGUUAAAAAAGAAACCCGAAACGUUGUUGAACGAUCUGUACUCGUCAUCGAAAAUUAUGAUGAUAUUAUAACGAGCGAACGUGACCGAGUUUUACGAUCGAUCGAUCGAUCGACGAUAAUUUUUCGCUUGUUAUAAUAAACAUCAUGUGUUAACUAAUGCGUGUGUUCCAAGUCAAUGAUCGGCCUACUAAUAAAAACAAAGAGAGAAAUUGAAAUAAUAACUUAUCGAUCGCUCGCUUACUUCCUGUUUUCUUCAUUAACAUAUGACAAGAAAAUAGUCUGACUAAUCUCACCAAAUCCUCCUUUUCAUUUUUAUCAUUUCAUCCUAUCUCCCAAUUUAAUGUAUAACUCAUAAGGUCAGGAAUCAAGAACGAGUAAUCCCAGUUGGAGUUUCAAAAGAUCAACGAUGGAUGAGGAUCGUCAUUAUCAUCAUCGUUAUCAUCAUCAUCGUCAUCAUCAUCAUCAUCAUCAUCAUUAUCGUCGUCGUCGUUAUCGUCGUCGUCGUCGUCGUCGUCGUCGUCGUCGUCGUCAUCGUCGUCGUCGUCGUUGUUGUUAUUGAUAUGUAAUGAUAUCCAUGGUAUUCCAUGGAUUGGAUGAUACAUGCUACUUGUUAACAACCCUCUCGUUCCACCCCGGAUUUGUUGUUUGAUUUUUUGUGCAUGACUUCUCUUGGAAAACCGAUACGGUAAUCCCAGUGGCAUAAGUAAUUACCGUAUUGGUCUUGUCAAUCUGGAAUGCCCUAACCAAGGAAUUUUAUUCCCCCGACGAGCAAAAUAAUCCACCACGACCACCGACACCUUUUUGCUAAUCCCUGCCUGCUGGUGUGUGAAAAGAUCAGACCGCUAGGUCUUCUUGGACUUGGUUUGCCUAGUGAAUCCGGUCAAUCAGAUUACAAGGAUUUUAUCAGUGACAUCAGCCAAGUGGCACAACCGGUGACGCCGCGGAAAUAAAGCUCGAGAUGCGUCUGGGAUUCGAACGAGCACAAAAAAAAUCACAAAAAAUAAAAUACAAAAAAGAAACAGCGAGUGGCAUCCUCGAAUAGCGGACGCGAGAGAUCUUCGAGACGGCGAUUAAAAAACACUCAUACAUACGUACAAUUACACGAGGAUAUACACACUCAUAUAUAUUUAUAUAAACACACAUACAUAUACAAACACACACACACAUAUAUAUAUGUAUGAAAAUAGAACGUAGUCGAAAACGAGGCGAGCCGUUCGAAAAUUAUGAGAAAAGUCGAAAAUGAGAGUAUACAAGAAGACACGCAUAUAUUACCACCAUUAUACACGUCGUACAUGCACACGCACACACGCAGAAAAUUAAAAGGAAAAGAAAAAGAAAGAAAGAAAGAAAGAAAGAAAGAAAAAAAAUGGAGAAAUCAUGUCGUUAAUAUCGAACAGAGGAUAGAAAGAAGAAAGGAAACAGGGGUAGUUUGGUCGUGUGUAUCACACACGCGAAGAAUCACGCAAGGGACAGGCAAUGACGAGAGUAUACUGUUAGGGAGUCAUCAGGAAGCAGCCAAGGACAUCGAACGUGUGUGUAUGUGUGUGUAUGUGCGCUACCAACGUACAUACGAGACCUUCGUUAGAGAGCCGAACAAAAAACUCUGUCUUUCCCUCAGCACCCUCUAUUAUGUUCGUUGAUCCGAAGGAGCCAAGAACAUCUGCUGCUGCUGCUACUACUGUUGCUGCUCUGUGUGUGUCUGUGUGUGUGUGUGUGUAUGUGUAGGUCAUACGAAGAAAGAAAGAAAGACAUAUGUCUAUGAUCGAAUCCUUUAUUUUGGAAAAUACACACAUACACACAUGUGCGCGCGAGUUAAAAUGUAUCAAUGACAUAUUUGUCCCCACUUUUAUGCGACAUAUUGACGCUUUCCAUCUCUCUCUAUCUCUAUCUUUGCCUCCUUCUCUCUCUCUCUCUCUCUCUCUCUCUUUCUAUCUAUCUAUCUAUCUAUCUAUCUAUCUAUCUAUCUAUCUAUCUAUCUCUCCAUCUCUCUGUUUCUCUUUCUCUUUUACGUAUUCAUCAUCGAAGCUCGGGAUGUUCUUCCUCUUUUGUCACUAAUAACGAACGUAUUAUGUUAUGCUAGGGGAAGUGAUCGUCGAUUAGUGGGCCUAAGGCUUCAACCCUUAGGUUGUCUUUCGGCGAUCGAUCUUCUACCGCGAUACAUUCAUAUCGAAUUAGGAAAAUUAAGAAAAUUGAUAUUAAAUAAGAAAGCAAAUAUAAUGGAGUUAUUUAUCGUGCAGAGACAGUGAUAGAGAACGGACGAACGGAGAACGGGAAAGAAAAUAAAAUAUAAAAAUAGUCGUAGUAAAGAAACGAGGGAAGAAAGGAAGUAAACGAAAAAUUACAAAAUGAAAAAUAAAAACUAAAAAAAAAAAUAUAUAUAUAAAAGAAAGAAAAAAAGAAAGAAAGAAAGAAAAAACAAAGAGCCAACAAACGAUAUAGCGACACAAACUUCCUUCGCGCCAAAGCCGAAAGAAAAUAUAAAAGACAACCGCAGCCCGGGGCUUCUUAAAGAGCAGAGCUUUUGAGCUUGCAGAGUAGUCGCGCUUCUAACAAGAACACGGUGCUCCUAAUAAAAAUAGUGAUAUAUAUAUACAUAUAUAAUAAUAAUAAUAAUGAUAAUGAUAAUGAUAUAAUAAUAAUAUAAUAAUAAUAGUAAUAAUAAUAAUAAAAAAUAAAUAGUAGUGAUAAUAAUAAUAAUAGUAAUAAUUAUAACGAUAAUGAUAAUAAUAAUAGCGAAAAUACGAAAACGCAAUAAUACGCGUUGGAGCGUCGGUCGAGCCUUUUCUCAAUGGAAUUGGGUGAAACUCGUUUUCGGGUCGAAGAUUAAAGCGAAUGUAAGGAAAAGUAAAUGAGAAACGAAAAGAAAUGAAAAGGGACGAAAGGACGAAGAAAGAAAAAAUCAGAAAUAAAUGGAAGAAAAGAGAAGCUAUCGCUUUUUUUUUUUUCCGAAAAAAAUCUCGCGGGUCAUUUCGGAAUGCCUUUUGUUGUUGUUAUUAUUGCUAUUGUUGAAAAAAUGAAAUAAAAACAUGAAAAAUAAAAACAAAAGAAAAGAAAAAAAUGAAUGAUUGGGGAAAAUGCAAACGGAGGAUAUGAAAAAUGGUAAAGAACAUUGGGCAAACUUAGAAGAGAGAAAAGAGAAUAGAGUAUGGAAAAAAACAAAAAAUUAGAACCAAAAAAAAAAUAAAAAAAAAGGAAAAAGAAACAAACAUAACCGAGUCAUUUUUAAAAGGUUCGCGCACGAAAAUGGCUAUUUCGCUUCGAACGACAAUUAGGCCGAUGAAAUUACGGCAAUUAAUAGCAAUCAGUGCAAAUUCAAUUAACAUAUCUGAGUAGCAAACUUCCCCGAUCGAUGAACCACCGAAAGACGUGACGACUAGAGAACGACAAUCGAUCAUUCGUCUUUAUUAUCGAGAUCAAGAAAAGGAAAAGAACCUAAGAAAUCGUUCGAUCGUGCUUCUCCUAUCUUAAGUUUCAGAAAGAGGGAGAAAGAGAGAGAGAGAGAGAGAGGGAGGGAGGGAGAAAGAGAGAGUGAAAUAGCGUCUGUCCUUAAUCGAACGAAGAGAGAAAGAAAAAGAAAUCGAAAAGUAAAGGCACGUCCCUCGAUCUUCGAAUUUCUCUCUCUCUCUCUCUCUUUUUUUCUCUUUAUCUCUCUUUUUGAGUCAGAACGCGAUGAUCAUACUACUCGUACAACCCACACUCCAUAUCCCACUUCUUCAUUUUACAACCCUUUCUGGUUUCUUCGGGGAACCACCACCCCUAGUUCGACCCUUUAAAAUCGAUUCGCCAAGGACGUUGUCGCAUAAUCGACAUUCACUCCAAAGGAUUUUUCAUCCUUCAGGAGAGAAUCUCCGGUUGAUGUUCCGUAAAAGCAAGAGGAAGUAAGAGAGAGAGAGAAAGAGAGAGGGAGAGAGAGAGAGAGAGAGAGAGGAUGAGAAGGGAAGAGACAGAGAAAGAAAGAGAAAGAGAGCUUAUUUUUUUCGAGAAAGCAACGAGUGUGAGUGAUAUAUAUAUAUAUAUAUAUAUGUAUGUAUAUAUAUAUAUAUGUAUGUAUGUAUGUAUGUCUGUAUAUAUAUAUAGAGAGAGAGAGUGUCUGCCAUCAUGCUGAUAAUAUCAAGUCUAUCACUUUUUCUCCUUGUAGCCUAACGCGUACUUCGUUUACACUCGUUUGUUCACUCUCUUUGUUCACUCUUUACAAUCUAUUUCUCUCUCUCUCUCUCUCUUUCUCCCUAUCUCUUUCUUUAUUUCCUUUUGUAUACAAAGUUUUCGGUCGUCCUUGCAGCAUCGUUAACGAAGCUGUUCUUUGUCAACACCCUUUCCCCAUUCUCCUGCAUCCUAAAUCCUUCAAGCUAAAUUUAUAACUUAGAAUCACGUGAUACUUGCUUCCGGUUCUUCGGGGGAAACGAAGCGAGACAGAGUUUGGAGAGGAAAGACCAUGAUGACGAAGGAAUACGAAGACGAGGAAGACGAAGACCAAGAUGAAGAUGAAGACGAAGACGAAGACGAAGAAGAGGAGGAAAACACGUCCUUUGUCGUCCAAUCGCAUUCAAAUUCUUCAUUCAGGUGGUUCUUGUCGUCUCUCGAGAAGGAAUCUUUUUAAGAGGAACAUGAAUUUAACCUUUUUUCUCUCUUUCUCUCGCUCUCUCUGUCUUUCUGUCUUUCUCUCUUUCUCUCUGUCCCCUCCAUCUUGUUUUUUCUAUCAUUCUCUCUAUCUCUAUUUUUCGAUAAAAAUGGAAAUGACAGAACUUUUCUGUUCUUCUCUCUUCCUUCUUUCUUUUUUUUUUGUUUCUACCUUUCCUUUUUCUUUAUUUAUUUUCGAUGAAAGAUAGAGAACGAGAAAGAGAGUUUAUUUUACGAUUUUUACGCUCUCUCUUCGGUUAGCGUGUAAUUGUAUCUUCUUCGUCAUUUUAAUCGGGAGGAGACAACUUUAUCGGUAUCUCUCUCUCUCUCUUGUUAUUAUUAUUAUUAUUAUUAUUUUUUUCUUUUUCGUUCAUUUACAUCUUCUUCUAUAUCUGCUCCUCUUCGUUAACGUUGACGAGGGAUGUUACGUCAGAGUCGAUUCCUUCGGGAAAGAGUUUUAUUGGCUAAACUCGAUACAGGAGGAUCGAUCGAUCGAUGUAAAUAAGUGGUGCGAGUUUCAUGCGCACGGCGACUAGUCAAAUGAAACUAAUAAUUAUUUUUAUUCUUAUUCUUAUUCUUAUUCUUAUUAUUAUCAUCAUCGAUAUUAUUAUAAUAUAUAUAUAUAUAUAUAUAUAUAUAUAUAUAUAUAUAUAUAUAAAUUAUAUAUUACGAUCAAAGGAGGCGAACGAGUAUAAAAAUGAGUCUAUUUUUUGGUCACUCAAAGCGCACAUUGACGAUGCGACAUUGCCAUAUCCCGGUGAUCGUUGUUUAUAUUAUUAUUAUUAUUAUAUAUUGAUAAUAUAAAUUAAUGAUAAUAAUGUUAAUUAGCAUAAUAAGGUUUUCCCUGGAAAGUUGGAGAGGAGAUUUAAAAAAAAAAAAAAAGAAAAGGAAAAGAAAAGCGGCUCUCGAGCGAGAAGGAUUCGAAUCGCCGAGACUCGUUUUUUUCAAUUUGUUAUCACAAUAAUUUAUUUCUGCUAUGUAUAUGUAUAUAUCUUUCUCUCUCUCUCUUUUCAUGUUCUUCUCUUUCUAUCGUUCGACCAAUACGAUCGAUCUUGCGUCUCGCGGAAAGAAGAUAUCCGAGAAUUUACGCCGCGAACUCUCUUCUUCUUCUUCUUCUUUUUUUUUAAUCUUUUUCUCUUUCUUGUUUUCUCAUAUCGUUUCAACUUAUAAAAAUCGAGGAAGGGAACGAGAGAGAUCGGCGCUGCGGGCAGUCCGAGCGAUAAAAAGAAUUUUUCUUCGAGUCAUCGAUGCUCCUCGUUAUAUCUAGAGUCUCGAUUUUUUUUCUUGAGAAAGGAGAAAAAAGAAAGAAAAAAAAAGAAGAGGGAGAAGAUGAAAAACGAAGAAAAAUGAAAAAAAUUACAAAGUAGACAAGUAGAACAAUAAGGAAGAAGACAAAUAUUUGAUAUUCUCCUUUUUUUUCUCUCUUUAUCUCUCUCUCUUUCUCUUUUUCUUUCUCUUUCUCUCUUUUUACGCUUUUGAGUCUAUUCUCGUUCGAACACUCGACGAUCUUGCGGCAGAACUUCGUCGUUUACCACCUUUUUCUCUAUCUUUUUCUUUUAAUUAAUUGAUUAGAGUUUGACGAUAAGUUUACGAAAGUAAAGUUUACGAAACUGACGCAGGCGUAGAGAAGAAGAUAUCUUUCUUGGGCUCUGAGUCGAACUCGCGCGAGCUCACUUUUUCUUUCUCUCUCUCUCUCUCUCUGUCUGUCUGUCUGUCUGUCUGUCUGUCUGUCUGUCUCUAUUUUUUCUCUUUCUCUUUAUAUAAAACUUUAUCGCGAAAGACCAAGGAAAAGAGCUAAGACUCGAUACGAUAAAAAGAGAAAGGUAGAUAGAUAGAGAGAGAGAGAGAAAGAGAGAGAGAAAGAGAGAGAGAGAGAGAGAGAGAGAGAUAGGGAAGAAAAGAAAGAGAGAGAAAGAAAGAGAGAGAGUGAGAGAAAGAUAAAAGUUAAGGACGAAAGGGAAGAGCCGGACUCUAGGCUCCUUCGUCCGAUCAUCGCGAGCUCUCGCGUUUAUUCUAAUUAUAUAUAUAUAUAUCAAAUUGGCGUUCGAUCGUUUUCCCUUUUUUUCAUCUCUUCAUUCUGGUUCGAGAGAUCACGUCAUGCUCUCCAUUCAAACUGUAAUUAAAGGAAGAAAAAACAAAACGAAAAAAAAAACAAAAACAAUAAAAAAAAAUAAAUAAAAAAAAGCUCACAUUUGUAAUAUAUACAAUACCGUUAUGUCGUGGAGUGUAAUUAUUCGUACUUAAUAUAUUUCAAUGAAGUUACAUUUUACGUGUGCGCGUGUGUGCGUAUACAUUUAUACAUACAUGUAUACAUAUAUAUAUGUAUAUGAAUAUAUAUAUAUAUAUAUAUAUAUAUAUAUAUAUAUAUAUAUA